AACACUGCGAACUUCAUCUUCGCCGGUGCGGUGUUCUCUCUGGCUCUGAUGCUCAUUGUUAAGGGUCAACGUUCAAAUUUCAGGUUACAUUUCUCUACUUGAGCUUUUGCAACAACCCAUAGAUAAAGUGGAAGCAAUGAGAAGAAAAUCAACAGGUCCUAGCAGUAACGACGGAGAGGAUAGAAUCAGUAGGUUACCGAAUGCCCUCAUUCAUCAUAUCCUUUCUUUCAUGGACAUGAAAUAUGUAGUCCAGACCAGUGUCUUGUCUAAGAGAUGGAUUGAUGUGUGGACCACUAUGUCCACUCUGAACUUCAAUUCGUAUCAAUUCCUCACUCGUGAAAAUGGAGUCAGCGAAAUUCAGAUUGGUAGCUUUGCAAAUUUUAUAAAUGAGAUAUUUAUUCUUAGAGGUGAUUCGUCCAUAAACAAGUUUCAUGUCGAUUGGAAUGAGGAAACACAUAAACCACGUACACAUACAAUUCCAAUUUCAAAUCAUAUGAAUACAUGGAUCAUUGCUGCUGUAAGACAUGCUGUUCAAGACCUAUCAGUCCAGAUUCGUUCUAGGGCUAGUAUGAUACUGAGGCUUCCUCAUUGUCUCCUCAAUUCUCAAUCAUUAACUAAACUGGUCUUAAAACAUCAGCCGAAUUAUACAAAGAUUAGUCUUCCCAAUUCAAUGAGCUUACCGCGGCUCAAACUUUUGUCGCUUAGUAUGUUUUAUGUUGAAGAAGUAAAAUUACUUAAUGAGCUAAUCUCAAGCUGUCCAGUUCUUGAAUCACUGAUUUUGGCAAAUAUUUCUGUGGGCAUGGGCGAUGAUGUGAAUCUCAAUAUUGAGUCUCGUGAUUUGAAGCACUUUUAUUUGCACAGUAAGGGCCGUGGUAUAAACCAUCCACGUCAUACGAUGGCUAAGGUAAUCAAAUUAUCUACUCCAAAUCUCACAUCCCUGAUUUGCCAUGAUUACAUGAUACAAGAGUAUUUUCUAGAGAACCUCUCUUCUCUAGUCACUGCUAAAAUUAAGAUGACAAAGGAAAAUGAUAGAGAUCUUAGUUAUGGAGACGAAUUAAGCUAUUUGGAGCGUUCUGAGGAAGAGAAAGAAGAUUUAUAUCCCAAGCGUAUGAUGAAAAUGCUCAGAGCACUUCAUAACAUGGAAAAAUUAACAUUAUCAGCCAGUUUCGUUCAGGUUCUUUCAAAGGCGCCGGGUUUAACACAGUGUCAACCCCCGCAAUUUCAUAGUCUACAAUGGUUGAAGUUGACAACGUGUCUUACAAGAGGUUGCUUGGCUGCGAUAACAUACUUGCUCAAGAUCUCUCCUAAGUUAGAAUCUCUCAUUCUUAUGUCGAAGGAGAGAAGAAUAGCAGAUGUUGACGAUGAUUGGGAAGCAAGAUUGUCGUUGCCAUGCACUUUGUCUCACCUCAAGUUUGUUGAAAUUCAACAACUCCAAGGAUGCAAUAAUGAGUUCAAGUUUGUGGAGUUUCUGCGGAAGAAUGGUGCGGUUUUGGAGGAGAUGGUUUUGUGGUUCCGAUUUUCCAAGCGAAGUUAGCUCCCCCGAACAAGCCGCUAUAGUGAAGAAGUUCAGCAAGAAGCUAAGAGCAGUUCCAAGAGCAUCUUCAAAUUUGACCACUGCUAUCAAUGUUGAGAUUACUUACUUUUGAAUGUGAUAAGACAC